CAAACAAACACGCCCUUAUUUGACCAACAAGCCAAAAUUUCUAUUUAUUUUCAAAUUUGCGUCUGCUUCUACCUCUGCUUCUGCUUCUGCUUCUGCUGCAGCUUCUUCGUUUUCCGUUUCUUUUACAACAAGUCAAGCUCAGCUUGCUCUCGUUUAAACAUCUCCAAAUUGAAAGCGCUUCCUCUCCAUGUGCGAAAGGCGUCCUUAAUUCAAAUUUCAUGGAGCUCUCUCUGAGAGGUUACGACAGUUGAAAUGGCGUUGCUUCGAAGACUGUUCCAUCGGAAGCCUCCUGAUGGACUGCUCGAGAUCUCCGACCGAAUUUACGUUUUCAACUGCUGCUUUACUACUGAUGCUUUGGAAGAAGAGAAUUACAAAGGGUACUUAGGAGGAAUAGUUGAUCAAUUACGAGAACACUUUCCAGAUGCCCAGUUCUUGGUGUUCAAUUUCUGUGAAGAAAAGACCAAAAGUCUUAUGGCUGAUGUCUUGGCUGAGCAUGACAUAACCAUAAUGGACUACCCUCGACAUUAUGAGGGUUGCCCAUUGCUCCCAAUUGAGGUCAUCCACCAUUUUCUGAGAUCUACUGAAAGUUGGCUCUCACUUGGGCUGCAAAAUGUGCUGAUGAUGCAUUGUGAGCGGGGUGGUUGGCCAAUUUUGGCUUUCAUGCUGGCGGCACUCUUGAUUUACAGGAAGCAGUAUAGUGGAGAACAGAAGACUUUGGACAUGAUAUAUAAGCUGGCUCCUUGUGAGCUUUUGCAGUGUCUCUCAGCACUGAAUCCAAUUCCUUCUCAACUGAGGUAUCUGCAGUACAUCUCCAGGAGGAAUGUAGUCUCAGAAUGGCCUCCUUUGGAUAGAGCUCUCACCUUGGAUUGUGUCAUCCUCCGAUUUAUUCCUAACUUUGAUGGACAGGGUGGUUGCCGUCCAAUAUUUCGAAUUUAUGGGCAGGAUCCUUUCCUUAUUAAUGAGCAAAGUACCAAGGUCUUAUAUGCGACAAUGAAAGGAAGUAAAACUCGGCGGACUUUUAAGCAGGGAGAAUGUGAACUAGUUAAAUUUGACAUCAAUUGCCAUAUACAAGGUGAUGUUGUGCUCGAGUGUAUCAACUUGAAUGAUGACAUGGAACGAGAAGAAAUGAUGUUCCGGGUUGUCUUUAAUACAGCCUUUAUUAGAUCAAAUAUACUGAUGUUGAACCUUGAUGAAGUUGACAUAUUAUGGGAUGCUAAAGAAUUAUUCCCGAAGGGAUUCAGAGCAGAGAUUCUUUUCUCAGAUAUGGAUGCUGCUGCUUCUAUUGUCAAUCUUGAUGUUUCGUGCUUUGAGGAGAAGGAGGGCCUUCCGGUUGAGGCAUUUGCUAAAGUUCAUGAAAUCUUUAGCCAUGUGGAUUGGUUAGAUCACAAGACAGAUUUGGCAUUUAAUAUACUCCAACAUUUAAGUGGAUCAAAUAUUAUUCAAAAGAUAUCAGUCAUUGAUUCAAGCCCAAGUUUAAGAGAUAGCCCGGUACUUCAGGGAGCUCGCCCUACAAAUCUUCAAGAUAAAAAGAAGCUCACAAUUGUGGAGGAUAGCACUGAGAGCUCAAUGUCCUUGGCUCCAACUUCUCAGUCUGUGCCCUCACCACAAGUAUCUUCAUAUACCAAUGAGAGUAAGGACAAAGAACCCCAACAUUUUGGGAAUGCCCUUCAGCUACAUAGUCAAUCUGAUUUCGCAUCUCAACAGGCACCUGAAUCUUGUUUGCGAGAUUCACCUCUUCUGGUGUUAAGACAUCACAAUGGAUCCCAAGCUUCUGAUGGCAAACCGUUGACGCAUAUAAAGUCAGAGGUCCCUGAUUUGAUGAUAGGAUCUGUUACUGUCCCAAGUACCACUCUACCUCAAGAUCCUGCUGUCCCAUUUAGACCUCAGUCUCAAGGUGUCAACAGUGUUUCAAUAUCACCACCAACUCCUCCACCCCCUAUCCCACCUCGACCUUCUUUAACUUCUAGUGCCUUGAAAGCUUCUCCUCCUCCUCCUACUCCACCACCACUGCCACCACCACCACCUUCAAAGAAACCCUCUCAUUGUCUUUCAGAUUCAAACUCAGCACAUUCUUCCCAUAUUAAAGAGAGUGAAUUCUGUUUAGGAGAUCAGCAGUCAGUGGACGCCCCCCUCCCAGCUCUUGAGACUUCAAUCUUUGCCACAAAUUUUCCAUUAUCUACCACUACUAUUUCACCUACAGUACCUGCAAGUGCUAUAUCAACUCUUCCUAAACCUCCACCUCUGAAAACUUCAGAAAAAAAUUUCUCUACUUCCCUUUUAUCCCCUUCUGUUGCUUCAUCAAUAACUAUCUCACCUCCACCUCCUCCAAUGCCACCACCUCCUCCAACACCACCUUUGAAAGAGAAAUUUGGCAUUAGAGCUAGACCUCCUCCACCCCCAUCCCCUCCUCCAAUGCCACUGUUGAAGGAGAAAUCUAACAUUGGAGCUGGAACUCCUCCACCCCCACCACCUCCUCCUAUGCUUCCUUUGAAGGAGAAAUCAGACAUUGGAGCUGGAACUCUUCCAUGUCCACCCCCUCCCCCCAAGCCCCUUUUGAAUGAGAGAUCAACCAUUGAAGCUGGACCUCCUCCACCCCCACCCCCUCCAACAUGCUUUGGACAGCCUGCUAAUUCCACUAUUUCAUCUUCAAUUUCUCCACCACCCCCACUUGCUCCCCCUUUGUCUUCAAUUUCCCCUCUAGUCCACUCUACCUCCCCUCCACUUGUCCCUUCUGGUAAAGGUGAAUCAAAGACUCAUUCUGCUUCUCCCUCUAGCAGUUCUCCAAAUCCUCCACCACCACUGAUUUCUCCCUCUAGUUCAAGGGGUCGAUUGUCACGAACUAUCAAUUCAAGGAGUCAGCAAACAAAGAAAUUGAAGCCUUUGCAUUGGUUGAAGUUGAAUAGAGCUAUUUCCGGAAGUUUAUGGGCUGAAGCAAUAAAAUCCGGUGACACUUCCAAGGCUCCAGAGAUUGACAUGUCAGAGCUUGAAAGUCUUUUCUCAGCUGCAGUUGCAAACGCAGAUGGUGGAAAAGCAAGUCUCCGUAGUGCCUCUGCUCUUAAAUCAGAUAGAGUGCAACUGAUUGACCAUCGACGAGCAUAUAAUUGUGAAAUCAUGCUCUCAAAGGUCAAAGUGCCAUUGCACGACUUGAUGAGUUCAGUUCUUGAUCUAGAAGAAUCAGCAUUAGAUAUUGACCAGGUUGAAAACCUUAUUAAAUUCUGUCCGACGGAGGAGGAGAUAGACCUACUUAAGGGCUACACUGGAGAAAAGGAAAAGUUGGGAAGAUGUGAGCAGUUCUUCUUAGAGUUGAUGCAAGUUCCACGAGUAGAAUCCAAGCUCAGAGUUUUCUCAUUCAAGAUACAGUUUCAUUCCCAGGUUUCUGGCCUUCAAAGUAGCCUGAAUAUUGUCAACUCUGCUUCAGAACAGAUCAGGAACUCUACCAAAUUGAGAAGAGUCAUGCAGACAAUUCUUUCGUUAGGAAAUGCUUUAAACCAGGGAACUGCUAGGGGGUCUGCAGUUGGAUUUCGGUUGGAUAGCCUUCUCAAACUCACUGAUACACGGGCACGGAACAACAAGAUGACUCUCAUGCAUUAUCUUUGUAAGGUGCUUGCUGAUAAAUUACCAGAACUUCUAGACUUUUCAGGAGACCUUACCAGUUUGGAACCAGCAGCAAGGAUACAAUUAAAAUUUUUGGCCGAGGAAAUGCAAGCCUUAAGCAAAGGAUUGGAGAAAGUGGUUCAGGAACUGGCCUUAUCUGAAAAUGAUGGUCCAAUAUCAGUAAAUUUUCAUAAGAAAUUGACAGAGUCCCUCCAGUGUGCUGAAGCUGAAUUUAGGACUUUGGCUUCUCUAUAUUCUGCAGUGGGUAGAAAUGUUGAUGCAUUGAUUCUUUACUUUGGAGAAGAUCCAUCUUGCUGUCCCUUUGAGCAAGUGAUUUCAACUCUAAACAACUUUGUGAAAAUGUUUAACAAAGCUCAUCAGGAAAACUGCAAACAACAUGAGCUUGAAAUGAAGAAAUUGGCAGCAGCAAGUCAGACAUCGCCAAUGAAUUUUGCACACAAGGAGUCUGAACGCAUGUUGCAUACCCCAACCUAGACUGUGAAUUACAAUUAUUUUUUCUCGUUUGCUGUCCAAUGUAAGCACUGGAAAGGUCUCGUUGAUGUUGGAGUAAAAUGUGUAUUCAGCCAAUUGGGUUUGAAAUGUAAAUAGAAAAUGUUGUAAUUUGGUGUAGACAUUUAGGUUGAGCUUUGUUGUUCUGUGAGAGAUGGAAUCAGCAGAAUCCGGUACUUCAGUUGGCAACUUGUACAUUAUCGAUCAAGAAAUUCAUCCAUGUAAGUAUACUUCAAAGAAUGAUUUUGGCAGAUAUAUAAUCUUUUCCCCUUCAAAA